AUGGUGGGCAUGGGCCUGCUCCUCCUCCAGGCGGUUGCGCUGCUGCUGCUGUCGACGCCGAGCGCAUUCGCAUUGGCCUCGUCGACGCCGAGAGGGAUCAGGGCCGAGCUCGUGCACAGGGACCACGAAUCUCGACUGGCGCAGCAGCUGCCGCACGGGCAGCGAGCGGAGCGCGAUGCGAAGUCGAGCAGGCUGCGGGCCGAGGAGCUGGGGGCGCGAGGGCAGCUGCGGCAGAGCGGCGCAUCGGCCCGGCGCGCGCUGGCGCAACAGCUGAGGGCGCGCGUGGACACGGCGCCAGGCGAGUACGUGAUGAGCCUGGCGGUGGGCACGCCGGCGCAGCACUUCGUGGGCGUGAUCGACACGGGCAGCGACCUGACGUGGCUGCAGUGCGCGCCGUGCCAGGCCUGCUUCGAGCAGGCGAACUCGCCCUUCCUGCCGCAGAACUCCUCGACGUACUCGGCGCUGCCGUGCACCGCGACGCAGUGCCAGACCUUCCGGCGCGAGUACAACGACGAGUGGGUCACGAGCUGCAACCCAACCUCGAGCGACGACCUGCGCCGCGUGGGCUGCCGCUACUCCUACUUCUACGCCGACUUCUCCAACACCACCGGCGACUUCGUGACCGACACGCUGACGCUCCAGACGCUCGACGGCAACGAGACGCGCGUCGCGGACUUCGCCUUCGGCUGCUCGCGCCGCAGCUUCAGCCCGACCUCGCUCUUCGAGGGCAGCGACGGCCUCGUGGGCCUGGCGCAGGGAGGCAUCUCCUUCCCAGCGCAGGUCGGGGCCGUCUACGGCGACGUGUUCUCCUACUGCCUGGUCGACUCCGACCGCGCGCGGUCGCAGUCCAGCACCAUGUACUUCGGGGCCGAGGCCGCCACGUUCAACGUCUCGGGACUGCAGUACACGCCGCUGAUCAGCAACCCCGACAACCCCACCUUCUACUACGUGGGGCUCGAGGGCAUCGCCGUCGACGGCGCGCCCCUCGCCCUCAACCUCGACUGGUUCGCCAUCAACCGCAGUCGUGGCGGCGUGUUCCUCGACAGCGGCACGACGCUCACCAUCGUGGAGCCGCGCGCGCUGCAGGUCCUGGUGCGCGCCGUCACGGAGCGCAUGAACUACUCGCGCGUGGACCCGAGCCCCUUCGAGGGCCUGGACUACUGCUGGAACGUGCGCGGCGAGUACAUGGCCGACCUGCGCGGCCCCAGCAUCGUCUUCAAUUUCACGGGCGUCGCGUACGAGCUCGCCUUCGAGAACGCCUACCUCCUCGUGGCCGACCGCGGCUACCGCCUACUGUGCCUGGCCAUGGCCCCGGCCUCCGAGGACGGCGCCUUCACCAUCAUCGGCAACAUCCAGCAGCGCAAUUUCCACGUCGUCUACGACCGCGCGCAGAAUCGCAUCGGCUUCGCCAAGAAGGACUGCAGUCUGUCAUCGGGUUCGCGGUCCCGCAGCUUCCCUGCUCUUGCUUUCAUUCUUUUACAUUUCCUCGUGUUAGCGUUCAUUCAAGGCACCGGAUGA